AUUAAUAUUGUAACACGGAUUCAUUAACAAUUCUUCAAAUCUAAUUUUGAAACAACGUGGAUUCCACAUUUGGGGUUGGUGACUUUGUUUUGAAUUUCCACCUUCCUAUUUAUAACCCCUUUACUUUCAACAUUCCACCAGGAGUAAGAAAUCCACCGCUCCGCCUUCCCUCGCCGUUGCCGCCGCCGCAAUCAUGUCUCCUGCUCCAAAGGACGCUCAAAAGCCAUACGUCGCUUACCAAGGCGUUGCCGGCGCCUACUCCGAAGCCGCUGCCGCCAAAGCGUGCCCUAAUUUCGAUACCAUACCCUGCGAUCAGUUCGAAACGGCAUUUGAAUCUGUGGAGAAUCGCAUUGCCGAUCUAGCGAUUCUCCCAAUCGAGAACUCCCUCGGCGGUUCGAUUCAUCGGAAUUACGACCUCCUUCUUCGUCAUAACCUCCACAUAAUCGGCGAGGUUCUAUUGCCUGUUCAUCAUUGCCUCAUGGCAUUACCAGGAGUUCGAUUAGAAUCCGUACGGAGAGUCAUCUCUCAUCCUCAAGCCCUAGCGCAAUGCGAACAAACUCUGACAAAACUAGGCCUCAACGCUGCAUGUGAAGCCUUCGACGACACUGCUGGUGCGGCAGAGCAGAUUUCUCUGUACAAUUUGCAGGAUACGGCAGCAAUUGCGAGCGCACGCGCUGCCAAGAUCUACAAACUCGAAAUCCUCGCUAACGGAAUUCAAGAUGAUUCGAGAAAUUUCACGCGAUUUGUGGUCCUGUCGCGAGAUCCGGUAGAUCCGCGAGCGGAUCGGCCACUUAAGACAAGCGUAGUCUUCGCUCUGGAGAAUGGAACCUCGGCUCUGUUCAAGGCUCUGUCGGCUUUCGCGGCGAGGAAGAUUAACUUGUCGAAGAUCGAGUCGAGGCCGCACAAGAGCUGUCCAAUCCGGCUAGUGGAGACGGUGAAGCGGUUUGAGUAUGUGUUCUUUGCGGAGUUUGAGGCGUCAAUGGCGGAAGUGAGAACUGAAGAAGCCAUGGCGGAGUUGCAGGAAUACAGUUCGUUCUUCAGGGUGCUGGGUUGCUAUCCAAUGGACAUAGCCUCUGAAAGUGCUUCAAUCGAAGGGUAAUUCAUCAAACAAUGGAUUAAACUUUUGUAUAACAUAUUGGAUUGUUCCUUCCACAUAUUAAUCCAAUGGGCCCCUCUGACUGAUUUGUUGCUUCCACGGAAUACAACAACCCAUGAAUUUUAUAUAAAAAAACAUCGAAACUGAAAAAUUGUCUCCCUCAACUCUUAUGUAGAUGUAGUUGGUGACUUAUAGAUUAAGAGUUUACGAUUUUCUAUUUUUUAUGUCGUCGGAAUUUUCGGAUCUCACAACUACGAUCUCGGUGGAUCGUCCCUAGACAUUCCCUUCCUCCUCCAGCCUUCAGCCAAUGUCUCGAACACCAACAUGGAGGAAGAAAAUAGUUGAAAAAAACUGAGGGAGAGUUCGUAGUUUUUCCAGCGAGAUCCCACGCCUCCAACGAACCCACGACCAUACCUGAAGUCCUACACUAAAGCAAACCCUCAGACCUCACCUGUAAGGACAAGAACCACGAAAUGAAGAGAGAAAAGGAUAGAAGAUGAACAACUUAGAUAAUUAGAGAAAGAAAAGAAUAUCUAACUUAAUUCAAUUCAACCUGAAUUGAAAAAAAAAAAGAUCGAGGGCAGAAUUAAC